AUGAGGACGUCUGUAGUGUUGCUGGUGUUGCUGGCAGUGGCUUCACACACUGCUGCAAAGCCCAAAAACCGUUUCACUCGCUAUCCAUCAUGGAACACUAAGAUGUACCCGAUCUGGAAGGAAGGAGACGCCCGAUACAAAGACUCUUGGAAAGGUGGCAGAGUGACUUUCAAUGUAGAUAAUGAUUCACCAACUCUGACCGGAGCCAAAGUCACAUUCACCAUCGACUUGGAGUUCCCACACAACCAGAAGGUGCAGCCGAAUGGAGACGUUGUCUGGGCUGAAGACUGCGUUGUCAAUGGAACAAAGUACCGUGAAUCUGAGCCAGUAUACUCAACACAGAACACAGACUGGGAAGGUGUCUUCCCUGAUGGGACACCAAUUAAGAAGGACAAGAAGCCGAACUAUGUGUUUGUCUGGAAGACCUGGGGUCAGUACUGGCAGGUGGCAGAUUGUUCCUCCUCCUCUCUGACCAUCGCGACAGAUGACAUCCCACUGGGCUCCUACACCAUGGACAUCGUUAUCUACCACUACCGCAGCAAGGAGAAGUUCAUUCCCCUGGGAUACGCCUCCACUCAGUUCUCCAUCACUGAUCAAAUCCCAUUCGCCGUCUCCCUGGACCAAGUGAACGACAUCGUGGCUGGAGACAUGCACUUCAUCCAGAACAGAGCCAUCGCCUUCACCAUCACCCUCCACGACCCCAGCGAGUACCUCAGCAACGCAGACAUCACCUUCAACUGGGACUUUGGGGAUGAGAGUGGAGCCCUGAUAUCCAGAGAGCUGACCGUCACUCACACCUACAUUAACUCUGGAUCCUUCCGGCCCCAGGUGGUGAUCCAGGCCGUGAUCCCAGAUAAGGCCUGCGACCCACCAGUGGACCCCCCAACCAAGGCACCUUCUGAUCACCAAACCACAGUGAAAGCUCCUGUACUGGAGUCUGCUGUCCCAAUACUGUUAACCACCAAAGCAACUGGUCUGACUGUCAACAUGGUUCCUUCAGACACAGAGGAGGACAACAGCGAGGAUGAGGCCUCCACCGCCUCCACAGCUCAGCCUGGUCAGGAAACAUCGGCAGUGGCCAAGACUCCCUCCCCCGUCAACAGCGACAGGCCUGCUGGCUCAGCCUCGGCCGGAGCCUCCAUGAAGCUCACAUCUGCGAAUGAGCGACCUGAAGCUGGUAAGCGUAGAGUGACACUAACAAGCCAAGCUAAAGUGGUAGUGGUCACUAAAAGGGACGCUAAACCCGAUAAACCCUCUGAUGAUGACUGCGUGAUUUAUCGAUACGGCUCCUUCUGCACUGGCAUCGAAGUGGUUGAGGGCAUUGAAAGGGUAGAGAUUGUGAAAAUGAACAAUGCUGUGAUGGAAAUACCUGGAAAGGACAAACACGCUUUGGAUCUAACUAUUACCUGCCAGGGAAGCCUUCCAAAAGAGGUGUGCAGUGUGAUUCUGGAUGCGCAGUGCUUGAGGCCCAUUCACACCGUAUGCAACAUGGUGGAGCCGUCCAAAGAGUGCCAGCUAGUAUUGCGUCACUUCUUCAAUGACUCUGGUAUCUACUGCAUCAAUGUGUCCAUGGCCAAUGACGUCAGUUUGGCUGCCACCAGUGCCAAAGUCAAUGUCGACAUGGACUCAGAUUUGUCCUCUUCUGGCACUAUCGCCAUGAUGUUUGGUGCCCUGGCACUCGUCCUGGCAGUAGGGAUAGUGGCAUAUUCUUACAAGCGCCUGAAGUCCUACCGACCUCUGAAGGAAGAUGUCAUGGUUUCCGCAGAGCCGCAGCUCGGCCGGGCACACACUUCCUCCGCAGCAUCGAUGUUCCGGAGCCUCCUGAACAGGCAAGGAGCCGUCGACAACUGCCCUCUGCUGCAGGAGAGGCCGGUGUGA